GUGACCAAAUAAAAUUCCUGGAAUCCCUUGCCGACCAAACUGUCAGGAAGGGACACCAAGUCUCAUUCACGUGCUCAAUUGGUUUCAAUGACGAUGACACGGAACAAGAAAAUCUCCGUAUCCGAUGGAAACACAAUGGGGAGGUCCUUGACACGAGGUCAGACAGGUUCAAGGUGAUGGACGGUGGGCAGACAUUGGUCCUGAGGGAGGCGGAUUAUGGUGACGCGGGGCAGUACACCUGUAUAGCCAGCGUGAGGGGACAGGUCACUGAGAAAGAGAAAUCCUCAGCCAAACUCAUUGUCAAAGGCACACCUGAACCUCCACAAGACGUAGAAAUCAGUUCCUGCGGACCAAAGAGGGUGGAAUUGAUUUGGCGCGAUGGUUUGGAUGGAGGCGAACCCAUCAACGAGUACCUCAUACAAUACAACACGUCAGAUAACCCCUACUACUGGAACUCAGCGGACGAGGAAAUCGAAUACAUGGACAAGGUAUCCAAGACUGCCUUCAUCAGCCUGUCCCCCUGGGGCUGGUACUCAUUCCGCGUGAUGGCAAAGAACAGUCUGGGAUACAGCGAACCGAGUAAGCCCACGAAAACGGAAUGUAACACGCCGCCCGAGAGACCGACGUCAAAUCCGGUUAACGUUAAGAUGAAGACGGACAAGGAGGGAAAACUAAUCAUUACUUGGGAUCCAAUGCCUCGAAUGCAGCACAAUGCUCCAAGCUUUGGUUACAGGGUGAGCUGGAGAAAGCGGGGCAGCACGUUCUGGAACAAGAAGGACAUUAAGAACGCUAAUGAGAAUCAGUUUGAGGUAGACGUGGACGACGUUUAUGGUCUCUACGACGUCCAGGUACAGGCCAUCAACAGUCACGGUCCGUCAUUCAUGCCGGUGUUUACCAUACGGGGACACUCGGGGGAAGGGGAUCCAUUAAUCAAGCCUCGAGAUUUCCGAGUUGAUCCAACCAAGGACCCAAGACCCCAUGAAGCUCACUUCAUCUGGGAAUCUGUUGACCCAUUGGAUGAUAGACUCAGGGGAAAGUUCAGAGGUUAUAAGUUACAAUACUGGAAAUCCAGUGAGGGACGAAGGAACAAGGUUGAGGUACCAAUUAUCAUAGAACACCUGUCACAUGACGUGAGGGCCUCCAUAUUUGAUUUACCGGCCAACACGGCAUUCCGAGCGCAAGUAUCGGUGAUGAAUGGACACCACACGGGACCUCCUAGUGACACCAUUGAUUUCAAAACAUCCGAGGGAGUCCCUGGUCCCGUUCGUAACCUACAGAAGGAGGAGGUACAGAGUGAUCACGUGGUCUUGAAGUGGGAUCCUCCCGACGAACCUAACGGAUUUCUGCUAGGAUACGACCUUGGUUACCAAAAACUGAAUGGUGAAGUGGAGGGAGAUAUCAGGGCCCUGGAACCAAGGAUUAAUAACCCCUCCCACACCUCAGCCAGGAUCACAGGUCUACAGGCCAACCACCAGUACAGGUUCUUUGUCUGGGCCAGAACCAGCUCAGGGAGGGGGGAUAAGAGAGGGGUGCAGGUGUUAACCAAAGGUCUUGCCAACAGCCAGAUGGCCAGCAUACACCAAUCAGGUAUCAGUUUAGCAUCACAUGACCUUGGAGCCAACUGCAGAGUGCUCAUGGCUUUAGCAAUCUCAUGGACUUUGGCAAAACUAGUCUUCCACUGACACACACUGUGCGAGAUUAGGGUGUUCUGGUCUUACACAGAUUGUUAAGGUUUCCUCUAUCAGUAUCAUCUCCUCAGUUAUCCUGCUUCAAGGGAUAUCUGAGAAAAAGUAUGGAGAACAUCUGAUAUUGUAGUGUGUCACCGAAUCUAAUUGAAUGAACCAGAUAUUUGCAACUAUAUGGAUUCAGAAUUGAAGCCCAUUUCACUGGAGCCAGGCUAUAGCAAAGGACGUACAGUAAUUCAAUAAUUAAGGGUCCAUCUUUAUUAUAGGGCUUUAGAUUAUGUUAACCAUAUGAAAUUCUUGUUCAAGCUGUCUUAUGUUGAAAACAAACUUUGGUAGCUUGUGCAAAUGUAUCUUCCAAACAUAAAUUAGAAGCAAAUUUUGCAUGAAAAAAAAACUUUCCAAAGUGAUGAAACUGCAAAGUUCAACUUGAAAUGACUGUUUUAAAGUGCUACAAAAAGUGCAGUGCAUAUUCAGUUCUGUGAAAUUUCAAUGUAAGCCAUAAUAACUGAAACUUGAAAAAUGAAAUAAUAAGAGUUUGAAAAUUGCAAUUCCAGUACUUUCGAAACCUGCAUGGGCGGUAGUUUUCUGAAACGAUCCUUCUAGCAGUGAUUGGCAGAAAAAACAAAAGUAUCGUACGCUUUAGUGAAUGAACUUUUGAAACCUUAAUGACAUUUCAAAAAUGUGAUGAUAAUGUAACUAGUCCAGAAAAUAGUUAUUCUUUUGAGACUGUGUCCAUGACCUUCAAGUUUAUUGGGAACUGGCAGUGACCUAAUUUUCCCGUGAUCAUUCCAACUUUGUGCAAGUUCCAUAUAACAUUCCAAUGAAGUUGGCGUAAUGCAUGCAUCAUCCAACAACCUAGUGGAAUCGUUUCAACAGCGAAUUGUUUCACAUACGGCUUCAUCCUGUGUUUAUAAAAUUGUGACAUUUUGCUGCAGUUUAAUUUCCUGGUGUGACUUUCCUUCAGAUUAAGAAAAACUGGAGCUCAGAUGACAGUCAAGUGAGCAAAGAAACCACAUGCAGAAUCUACAAUAAUGUCUCAUUUAGGAAUCUCUUCUUAUUAAUGAAUUAAUUAUGUGCCAUAAUUAGCUGUUUGUGGUUCACUGAUGUAGUAAAACCUUCACCUGGCUUCGAGUGAGCUGUACUGUAAUAAAUCACUGAUGUAUGUAGUGAAUGUUUAGUCCCCUGUCCAAGAAUGUGUCAUUUUCUGUGAACAAAGAUUUUGUAUUUGUCACAACAACAGAUAUUUAAUCAUGAAUUUUUGUACAUGUUUUAAUUUUAAUCAUGGUUAUAAAAGGAAAGAUU